AUGGUCAACAAGAACAAGCUGGCCCAGAAAUAUGGCGGCAAGCCACAAGCAAGCAACAAGAUCGUUGUUCCCGAGGUUGAAACUACAGGUAGACGCCUUUGUAACUGCCAAGCACGACUCCAUGCGCUAGUGAGAAAUUGUCUCGGAUGCGGAAAGAUCGUUUGCGUGCAAGAAGGCAGUGGCCCGUGCAUGGUUUGCGGCACGCUGGUUUGUACAGAAGAAGAAAAAGAGAUACUUCAACGAAACUCGCGGAAAUCGGCCGAGCUUUACAAGAAGUUGACCGGGAAAGAAAUGCCGGCGGGAGGGAUCCAUUCUCUGGCUGCAAUUGGGCACCAAGUCGAAUUGGCAAGGGAUUUUCGAGAUCGACUUUUGAUCGCUGAUGCGGAUACGGAACGAAGGACGCGUGUCAACGACCUCGAAUCCGACUACUGCAACAUCGAUCGAAAUCCCUAUUUGACAAAAGAGGAACGUGCCCAAAUCGUUCAAAGGCGAGACGAAUUGAAGCGGAUGCGCGAAGAACAAAAACGCUCGAUGAUCCUCAACAUCGACCUGGAGAAUAUGGUCGCUACGCACACGGAUACCGACAAGCGCGCCACUGAUCCGAACUACGACCCCGUGAUUCGAACAAUAUUGGAAAAGUCGGAGACGCGCAGGCAGUUGGCCGAGGUGAACGUGCCGGUGAGCGCGCAAUGGGAACCGAAGGGCUUCAUCCCACAGUACGCCCAACAAUUUGCGCACAAGCCGACCGAAGUGACGGAAGUCAGCGAGCUGUGCUAUUUCAACGAAGAGGCCCUGGCAGCCGAGACAGAGCGUGCUGGUUAUGCUGUCGCUUUGCCGCAGCCGGCAGGCUCGUACCUGGCGAAUGGAUUGUUGAAAUACAUUCGCUGGGAUGAAGACUUGCUGCUGAAGGGCCCACUCUAUGUUUGUGCAAAGACUGAUGCGACCCCACAAGCAGAUAUCGAUGCUUUCAGCAAAAAUUUGAAGACUGGUGCCUCGGCUCCUUCGGGAUUUCCGACUGGUUGUGUCGUCGGCAAGGCUUACCUAGACGAAGUGAUGACGCUGACGGACUACUCGGAUGAGGUCGACAAGAAGCACUUGCCGUUCGGAAGCGGCGACUUUGUGCUCCACUUCUCGCACGUCAUCCCGCUCGCCGUCCCGGUGCCCUAUCUCCCGCAAAGCAACUUUUUCCAAGUCGAACCCUCAUUCCGUGAUGUUUUAGCUAAAGUUUUUGUG